AUGAUUUUUAUUCUUAUUGCUUUAUUCCUCUGCAGAGCUUCUGUUGUUGUUGUUGAUAUUGAGGAAUAUAAUAUUAUGAUGCCUGUGCUACUGAUGAUAGUAGGUAGUGAUGAUGAUGAUGUUAUGGAUGAUCCAACACCAGUAUCGCCGUCAUGCCACCCCGACAUGAUUGUAUCAAUCAUCAUUCAUAAAGUCUUGUUCCCUCAUCCGACAAUAAGAAUUACGAUUGUCUCGUCGUACACAAAUUUGGUUCGGAUCACCGAUUAA